GUCAAUCCAGUAUGGGGCGGUCUGUGUGAGCCUACCGGACCGCGAGAGGCGCAGAAGCGCACGUCCGACACCGGAGGAGAAGUUGAUCGGCGGAGCCUUUUAUCCUCUCCAGCUUGCUUCGGAUUGCCCUUACCUCGCCGGAGAUUUAAAAGCAGUAUUCUGUUUUCAAAGACAUCUGUAGAAUAAUGCCGGACAACAAAAAAUUCAUCGAGAACCUGUCUGGAACAGGGAAGUGCAUUGGCGUCCUGACAAGUGGUGGAGAUGCUCAAGGUAUGAAUGCUGCUGUGAGGGCAGUGGUCAGAAUGGGAAUCUAUGUGGGAGCAAAAGUUUAUUUCAUCCAUGAGGGCUACCAGGGCAUGGUGGAUGGAGGUGACAACAUCAAAGAAGCAUCAUGGGAAAGUGUUUCCAGUAUGUUACAAGUGGGUGGCACCGUGAUUGGCAGCGCCCGCUGUAAGGAUUUUCGCACCCACGAGGGCCGUUUGCGUGCUGCUCUGAACCUGGUGCAGCGUGGCAUCACUAACUUGUGUGUGAUUGGUGGAGAUGGCAGUUUGACCGGGGCUAAUCUCUUCAGGGAGGAGUGGAGCGGACUGUUGGAUGAGCUUGUCCAAUCAGGUGAAAUCAGUGAAGAGGCUUCCCAAAUUCAUUCUGCAUUGCAUAUCGUUGGGAUGGUGGGCUCUAUAGACAAUGACUUCUGUGGGACAGAUAUGACCAUUGGCACUGACUCAGCACUGCACAGGAUCAUAGAGGUGGUGGACGCCAUAAUGACCACGGCACAAAGCCAUCAGAGGACCUUUGUGCUAGAGGUCAUGGGAAGACACUGCGGGUAUCUAGCAUUAGUCAGUGCUCUUGCAUGUGGAGCUGACUGGGUGCUGAUUCCAGAAAUGCCUCCCAAAGAUGGCUGGGAGGAACAGAUGUGUAAUAAACUAUCAGAGAAUCGUGCUGAUAAGAAACGGCUUAAUAUCAUCAUAGUAGCUGAAGGUGCAAUAGACCAAAGCAACAAACCCAUAACCACAGAACUUAUAAAAGAUCUGGUGGUGCGCUGUUUAGGGUUUGACACGCGGGUCACCAUUCUGGGACACGUCCAGAGAGGAGGAACCCCCUCUGCCUUUGACCGGAUUUUGGCGAGUCGUAUGGGAGUGGAAGCCGUCUUGGCCCUGUUAGAAGCGUCUCCUGGUACUCCAGCAUGUGUGGUGUCUCUGUGUGGGAACCAGGCUGUCAGGCUUCCUCUGAUGGAGUGCGUUCAGAUGACACAGGAGGUCCAGAAGGCCAUGGAUGAAAAGCGAUUUGAAGACGCUGUAAGGCUGCGUGGCAGAAGUUUUGAAAACAACCUGAACACUUAUAAACUUUUGUCUCAUCGAAAAAUUGACUCUGAACUUCCACAUAGCUCAUUUAAUGUGGCUGUGUUGAAUGUUGGGGCUCCUGCAGCUGGCAUGAAUGCAGCCGUGCGUUCGGCUGUCAGGGUCGGGAUCACCGAAGGCCACACUAUGUUUGCUGUUAGUGAUGGAUUUGAGGGCUUCUGUAAGGGACAGAUAAAAGAAAUCAAGUGGGGUGAUGUUGGGGGCUGGACAGGCCAGGGUGGGUCCCUUCUAGGAACAAAAAGAACUCUCCCAGCCAAGCACAUUGAUAAAAUUGCAGAACAGAUGAGGAUUCACAACAUCAACGCUUUACUGGUUAUUGGAGGUUUUGAGGCUUAUUUGGGGCUGAUGGAGCUGCAAGCAGCUCGUUCCAAACACGCAGAGUUUUGUGUUCCCAUGGUGAUGGUCCCGGCCACUGUGUCCAACAAUAUCCCCGGCUCAGACCUGAGCAUCGGGGCAGACACGGCUCUCAACGCCAUCACGGACGCCUUUGAGAGUUUGCUGCAGCUGUUCGAUGCCCGCAGCAGGUAUGAGGAGUUCUGCGUGCCCAUGUGCAUGCUGCCUGCCACCAUCAGUAAUAAUGUGUCCGGCACUGACCUCAGCAUUGGCGCUGACACUUCCCUCAAUGCCAUAGUGGAGACGUGUGAUCGUAUAAAGCAGUCGGCCAGUGGAACCAAGCGGCGCGUGUUCAUCAUUGAGACGAUGGGCGGUUACUGUGGUUACCUGGCGACGGUGGGCGCGCUGGCGGCUGGAGCGGAUGCAGCCUACAUCUAUGAAGAGCCGUUUGACAUCCGAGACCUACAGUCUAACGUCGAACAUUUAACUGAGAAGAUGAAGACCAGCAUCCAGAGAGGUUUAGUGCUCAGGAAUGAGAACUGCAGUGUGAACUACACCACUGACUUCAUCUACCAGCUGUACAGUGAAGAGGGCAAAGGAGUCUUUGACUGCAGGAAGAACGUCCUGGGACACAUGCAGCAGGGUGGUUCUCCUUCCCCGUUUGACAGGAACUUCGGCACUAAGAUCUCAGCUAAAGCCAUGCAGUGGAUCUCCAAGAAGCUCAAAGAGUGUUACAGAGAAGAUGACGGACAUGUGUUUGCGAACACAGAGGAUUCUGCGUGUUUGUUGGGGAUGCGGCGAAGGGCUCUGGUCUUUCAGCCCGUCAUACAGCUGAAGGAUGAGACGGAUUUUGUUCACAGGAUCCCGAAGGAACAGUGGUGGCUCCGACUGCGUCCGCUCAUGAAGAUUUUGGCCAAGUACAAGACCAGCUACGACGUGUCCGAUUCGGGCCAGCUUGAACACAUCAUCCGUCUGAGAACUAAAGACAUCUCUGCCAUUUAAAAGCAGCAGUCACGUAUAGGUUGUCUUGCAAGUAACAAUGUAUUUAUUGAAGGUGAAGACCUGUGAUUCCAUAGUCUUGACCUGAACACAUAAUCAUAUACAGUAUAUUUAAAACAGAUCACAUUAAACUGUAACCACAGACCUACAGCCACAAGAUCCUUUAAUAUAGUAGCUCAAUGUGUUGUGAUUGACAAUCCAUACGCUCAAGCAAUUAGCUAACUAUCCCUUUUAAAUGGGGCCAAGUGGUAUAUUUUGUGAAUAUGCAAGAUUUCCAUAUAUUUAUUCUAAUAGAGCUUAUUUUCAUUGAAUAUGGAGGUAUCUGUAUGAACGCACCACUGGCUUAUAAUGAUGUACUUUCACAAAUGCACCUUCUUUUAGUUGAAUUGGUGUCUGAAGGAGUUGUCCAAGUUGCUGUUCAGUGUUGUUUGUUAGUGCAGGCACUUCGUAUCAAAGCAGAUGUUGUGUGUGUUUGUGUAUGUGUGUGUGUGUA